AUGGACACUCAACCAAACCUUCCCAUUCCGAUCUCCUAUGUAUCCGGUAGAUACCUCUUGUUCUCUAUUGAGGCCGUGACAUACCUGCGACGUGAGCAUCACAUCUGCGGCGUUCUCAUGGGGACGCUGCCCCAGAUCCCUAUGCAGAAUAUCUUCCUGGGUCUCCCAUUGGAGUUGAUGCCCGAGGAGGCACGGCUGUUGGUGGAUAAGGGUGUAGCUUGCAUCGUAGACGAAGCCAAGGCCCACAAUGGCAUGAACACUCUACUAGAAGAGGAUCGCAAACGGUACCUCGCCGAACUCGAAGCCGAAGGCAUGCACUACGCGCGUCUCCAGGCCGAUCUCAAAGAGUCCAAGCGCGAACAGAUCUCGAAGCAAAUAGAACAAAAGAAAGCAAAGGCUAAGGCUACGGCCACGGCAGUCCCGGGACCCGCUACCCAGUCGCCAUCCCAGAAGGACGCUGCUAUCGUGGACUUCUUCGCUGAUGACCGCUCAACGACCCCCGCUACAACUUCGUCCGCCACCCUAUCCAUACCCUCCCAGUCCGCUCUGGCUGUCACACCUGCAACGUCUUACCCGCCACUCCCUACGCCUCCGUCUUCGAGCUACCUUUCAGCACCCGCAGUGCCGCCUUCGUACCCUCUUUUCGCCCAUCUACACUCUCGGGGCUACUUCCUCUCCCCGGGUCUUCGCUUCGGAUGCCAGUACAUGGCCUAUCCGGGUGACCCGUUGCGCUUCCACUCGCACUUCCUGGUGGUGUCCUACGACUGGGAUCAAAACCUUGAUCUGAUGGAUCUCAUUGUCGGCGGCAGAUUAGGGACCGGUGUGAAGAAGGGAUUCUUGAUCGGUGGAGCACAAAAGACAAUCGAUGAAGUUGAUUCGGAGGCUGAUCGUGUGGACUCUGUCCGGGCUUUCAGUCUCGAAUGGGCGGGAAUGUGA